GAGUCCUCUGCCAGCAAGCCGGGUCGCAAACGUCAGGAUGAGGCGAAAGUGUUCGAUUUUACGCGCCUGUCAGAGAGCAGGAUCUUGGGGCACUCGGAAGCCUUGAAGACUGAUCUGGUGCCCCUUGCCAAAAUCGACUUCUGCGAGUACUAUUCCUCUGACAAGGCACCGUCUUACCAACGUUUGACUUGGGGAGGCGCUGAGCGAAAGUGGGACAUCGAUAUCAAAAAGCCGGGCACGAAGAAGACGGCGGUGCAGAAAGGAUGGUCAGUGGACCGGGCAGUAU